CUUGUUCUACCUGCCAAUAACCUCGAGAGAAUUCCCGGCUCCCUUUGAAUUAUUAAAAAGACCGCGUGUAGCUGCUUGCUGUUUCACUUCGUGACGUCAGAGCAGGUAAUACGUCUUUGAAAACAUCGCUUCAAAUCAAAAUUUCUUUACAGUCAACUCCGACAAGAAAAGGAAUAGAAAGAAAAAAAAAAGAUCGUCCUGUUAAUUUUUGCUUAUUUAUCCUUUCCAACAAUGGUGCUGUACAAUUUCUGGAUCAUGGAUUUUUCGGUAAGCGCAUUGAUUUUUUUCAGCGCGAUAUACGGCGAAAAGAUGCGACGAAAUGGACAAUGGACGAGCGCCCCAAAGAACGAACUAAAAGAUAAUCGUGAGAACUCCGCAUCUCUUGAACACGAAGCUAAAGGAGCGGAGUUAAGGCUACCACAGUAUUUGCUUUUUACUUUUACGUAUUUCGCAGCCAUGGGUUUAACUGUUGUCAUUCUCCAGUAUUAUCCGUCUGUUAUGAUCAUUUUACAACAUGUCGCCGUCGUUUGUUUUAUUAUGAUCGCAUUCGCCCAAUGGUUGCCAUUGAAGAUCGGUUAUUUACUUGGCAUUUUAUUCGGUGUGAUUUGGUUAUUAUCGGUGGAGACCCAGUUUCGUUGGAUCAUUAACAAUGUGAUCAUUACCAUGUUUGCCUUUCUGGCCAGCCACGUCCAGUUCAGAAACUUUGCCUUUCUGCAGAUUUUUUUGUGGACUGCUCUCGUAUACGACGUUUGCCUACUUGCACGUAUGAACGAAACUCCCCAGGUCCUAAGCAUUGGAGAAUGUGGCAAUCUUCUCUGUCAGUUAUUCGAAAUAAACAGUGCGUGGGAGCUGCCUUCAGUGUUCACAGUGCGGUUUGGAGAGAAUCAAACGCACGUUUUUCUUGGAACAGGAGACAUAAUUAUUGGUGCCAUUGUCGCAAAUUUUGCCAUGUCGUUUUUCAAGUCCCCCAGAUGUCUCCUUGGAGUGGUAGCAAGUUAUUCAACAGCGAUCGGCUUUCUAAGUCAAGUGGACACCAACAAGCCAUACCCGGCACUGAUCUCUAUCGUCCCUGUAUGCUCAGCUUCUUUGGUGUGUUGCGCCAUUUUGUGCAGGAAAACGAAACGGCUGUUUUCCUUGUCGAGCAAAGAAAGCUCCGAAUUUCCCUCGGACGAAGUUUUGUUGAUUUAGAUUAAAAUAUUUUACAGUGGAAAGUGGAAUUGAUAUUUCUGUUAUUGUUAUAGUUACGCCGCCUUUGAAAUUUAAGAAACUAGGUGCGGUUCUGAUAAGUAAAGGCGGCGAAUUCCACGUAUUAUACAAUACGAUUAGAAAAACUGAAACUCUAAAGUUUUUUUUAGGCAUAGUUUUGCUUUAGAGUGUGAGGUUCCAAGAUUAUAUAUGAUCAGUUGUUGAGCCAAGCUAGAUCAGAAAACUCAGAUAUAACUUCAAAUGUGCUACCGUCAAGUUGUAAAAUGGUAGUAAUAAGAGAAGGUAUUUUUUCGUAAUGCGCAAAAGAUGAAGAUCAAAGUAAAUGAAGGUGAUUAUGAAA